CAAUUUACGUGCCAAACCCGUUUUCCUAUUUCCGUUUCAGAAAAAUCUGAAUAUUCACCAUUUGUAGCUUCCGGCUUGUUUCAGAUAAACAAUCUGUGGCAACUAAGGGGCACGUCUUUUCUUUUGUUCCAAAAUACCCUCUCCCUCCUUCCCUCUCACUUUCCCUUUCUUUUUAUUUUUUAAGGCCCAUAAAUCAUAUAGAAAAAAGGUUGGGUCUUUAUCUCUCUGUAUGCAUUUCUUAUAAGUUUCAUACUUGUUUUGCGAUAGACUUUUCAGUCAAAGAAGGGAAGAUGGAGAUCGAUAAAGCAAUCAGAGAAAGUGAUGAUAGGAGGCUUAAAACCAAGUACAACAACGCCAUUUAUGUUAUCAAAAGAGCUCUUGCUCUAUACUCGAUUGAGGAGGUUGCCUUCAGCUUCAAUGGAGGAAAGGAUUCAACAGUUCUACUGCACCUACUCAGGGCUGGCUAUUUUUUGCAUAAAAUGGAGCAAAAAUGCUCUAAUGGGGGUCUGACUAGUUUCCCAAUUCGAACAAUAUAUUUUGAAAGUUCUGCUGCUUUCCCCGAAAUCAACUCAUUUACCUAUGAUACUGCAUCAAGCUAUGGUUUGCAACUAGAUAUCAUUAGUUCAGAUUUCAAGUCUGGCUUGGAAAAAUUACUGAAGGCUAAUCCAAUUAGAGCUAUUUUCCUUGGUGUUCGAAUUGGUGAUCCUACUGCGGUGGGCCAAGAACAGUUCUCCCCUAGUUCACCUGGAUGGCCUCCAUUUAUGAGAGUGAAUCCUAUCUUGGAUUGGUCUUACAGAGAUGUUUGGGCUUUUAUCCUAACCUGCAAGGUCCAGUACUGCAGUCUUUAUGAUCAGGGAUACACUUCAAUAGGGAGCAUACAUGACACAGUUCCAAAUGCAUUGUUGUCCAUCAGUGACUCCUGUUGCAAAGAAAAAUUCAAACCCGCAUACUUGCUUUCCGAUGGAAGAUUAGAAAGGGCAGGGAGAGCAAAAAAGUUUUCUUCUUCCAUCAAUGCUGUUGGUAAUGGCUCAGGGAGUGUGGAUUCACAUAAAAGUAGCUUGCUCGUAGCCUCAGUCAUUGCUGUGGGGGAAGAGAUUCUGUUCGGCACUGUUGAGGAUCAACUGGGACCUUCAUUGCGUAGAAAGAUCCAUUCCAUUGGUUGGUCGGUAUCACAAACUGUUGUUGUCCAGAAUGAUAAAGAUUCUGUGGCUGAAGAGGUUGAGCGACGGAAAUCUACCAACGAUAUGGUUUUUAUAUAUGGAGGGGUGGGCCCAUUGCACUCUGAUGUUACCUUAGCAGGUGUUGCAAAGGCUUUUGGGGUUCGUCUUGCUCCCGAUGAAGAAUUUGAAGAAUAUCUUAGGCAUCUUAUAAGUGAUCAUUGCACUGGUGAUCAAAAUGAGAUGGCACUGUUACCUGAAGGUAUCACUGAGUUAUUGCAUCAUGAAAAGCUGGCUGUGCCUUUGAUUAAGUGCCAGAAUGUAAUCAUUUUCACAGCAACAAAUGCCACUGAAUUGGACAAGGAGUGGGAUUGUUUGAUUGAAUUAACGAGAUCCUGUGGCUUUUUGCCAACGAUGGUACCUUAUGUGUCAAAGCAUCUACAGACAAAUCUUUCAGAUGUUGAAACUGCCCAACCUCUGUCAAAACUGUGUCUUGAAUUCCCAGAUCUAAAUAUUGGGUGUUAUCGCAAAUCCAGAAAAGGGCCUCUAAUAAUUAGUUUUGAAGGCAAGGAUCAGACACAGAUUGAAUCAGCUGUAGAAUCACUAUGCAAGUUGUUCCAUCCAGGCACCUUCUCUGGGAUUCACUAAGUUGAUGGUUUUUCUCAAUCUUUAUUUCCGUUGCCUGUGAAGCUUCAGAAUCUGGCAAGCUUUAUCUGAUAGCAGCAGCACCUACACAAUUAUAGACGAAUGAGAUCAGAAGGGGUUUUAUUGGGAAUAGAAAAGAGAAAAAGCCUAAAAUGGAGAUGGAGAAUUAUGACUUCUGAAUAACCUGUCAAAGCCCGUUUUAGCCGAUGAGAAACACUAGUGCAGCUUUCAUGAUGAAAUUUGAUUAAAAGAACUUCCUAUUUGCUUUUAGGCACCAUUUCCCAAUCAAAGGGUCUCUAGUGUUGAAUAACCAGUUACUGUCGAACAAUAAGCAUAUCUUUACUAUCUUCAAGAGCUUUUUGGUGCUCAUUUUUUUUUUGUACUUAAUAAUCAAUACCGUGAGAAUUGCCAUCUGA